ACACAUUUGACAGCCGGUUCGCAGGCCUACCAACGUGACGCUGACGUUUUUCAGUACUUCAAUGGCAGCCAUUGAAUUUUCUUUUCGCGUCUACUUUGCAAAAAAGUUUUCGUGUGUGUGCUCUGAAAAAGUGAAAAAUUCACCAAUUUGAACCAUAAAAAGUAAAGAAAAUUAUGUGCGUGCGCACACCGUGAAUGAUGCUUCACAAAUGAGUGUAUAGACUUGUGGAAAGUUUAUUUUUUUUCCGUAAAACACGGUAGAAAAAUCCGUACGCAACCUCAAAAGAUUUUGUAUUGGUCGUAUCUCUCACACCAAUUAAAAAGAACUAGGUGUUAAUCGGACUUUUCUGUGUCUAUUCAUAAUCAACUACCUUAAAAGGGUGAAUAUGACUUCACCCUCGCCGGCGAACAGCCCUAUGCCGCCGCCUCAGGCGCCGCCUGCUCAAAGUCCCUCGCCAUCGCCACACAGCCCAUAUCCGCAUCAACAAAUGACUCAAGGGCCACAAGGUCCACAGGGACCUUCCGGGGCAGGACCGCCUGGACCGCCCCAUGGCCCACCGCAGCAAUCGCAUAUGCAAGCACCACCGCCACAUAGUCAACAUGGUCCAUUACCGCCGGGUGGUCAUCAUGGUGCACCACCACCACCCGGGCAUCCUGGCGGACCAUAUUCUCAUCCAAUGCAACAUGCUCCACCACAUGGCUCUCCACAUGGACCUCCGCAACACCAACAACACGGUGCAAUGCCGCCAGGACAGCAUGGUGUAGGCCAGCAUGGCCCACCACCUCAUGGCCAACAGCCACCCGGUCAGCAUGGCCCUCCACCACCGGGUAGUGGAGGUGCUCCAGGAAAUGGACCACCAAUGUCUCAUGCACCACCACCACACGGCGUACCACCGCCUCACGGACCACCGGGACCGCAGCAGCAACCGGGUGUACAAGGGGCACCGCCGCAGCAUAUGAAUGGGCCACCAGUACAAGGACCGCCUGGACAACCGGGUCCACCCCCACAAGGACAUCACAUGCCACCGCAUCAUCAAGGCAUGGGUCCACAUAUGGGUAUGCAAAUGCCGCCACAAGGACCCAACAUGCCACCAAUGGGCUACCAAACUCAUGGAAUGCCGCCAAACGGUCCACCGGCUCCCGGUCAGGGCCCACCACCUGGCGAUCGUCCCGUACAGGAAAGUCUUACUGCACUCCAACGCGCCAUUGACACCAUGGAGGAGAAGGGCUUGCAGGAAGAUCCCCGCUACUCGCAGUUACUGGCCAUACGCGCCACCUCAAAACAUCAACAUCUCACUGGCAAUCAAGUAAACAUGUUGCGCGCUCAAAUUACCGCAUAUCGACUGUUGGCGCGCAACAAACCAAUCUCCAUGCAAAUGCAACAGCAAUUGGCACCGCCACAGCAGCAGCAACAACAGCAGCAGGCUGGCGUACCCCCAGGUCCCCCUGGACCGCCAGGCCAACAUCCGUCAGUGCCAGUGCAGCAGCAACAACCUGGACUAAGUGGCGCACCUCCACCAGGUACCGCUGGCAGUGUAGGCACACCACCGCAGUGCCCAACACCGCCGGCCAGUCCUUACGUUCAGCAACAGGUGCCGGGCGGACCUAAGCUACAAGCACCACCUCUACCACAUGUGCAGCAGCCACCCAUGGCGCCAGGCGGUGCUCCACCGAUGCCGCUACAACAAGACGUGUCGCAUCAGUUGCCCAAUGGCGCCGGCGGCAAACCCAAUGCCGGUCCGCCUGCAACAAUGAUGGCCGGCGGACAACCGCCCAUUUCGACACCAAUGCCAGCUACAAUGGCACAAGGCGUGCGCCCGGGCAUGCCGCCGGGUCCUCCCGGUAUGCCGCCACAGGCACCGCCCGGCAUGCAAGCACCAAAGCAAGGUGCACCACCGCCCCAGCAGCCCAUGCCGAAGCCGAAUCGCGUUACCACAGUUGCCAAGCCGGUUGGGUUGGAUCCGAUAACUUUGUUGCAGGAGCGUGAAAAUCGCAUAGCUUCGCGCAUAUCGUUGCGCAUGCAGGAAUUGCAGCGACUGCCCGCUACUAUGCCGGAGGACUUGCGGCUGCAGGCGGCCAUUGAGUUGCGCGCAUUGCGCGUGCUUAAUUUUCAACGUCAGCUGCGCGCUGAAAUUGUGCAGUGCACGCGUCGCGACACCACGCUAGAGACAGCGGUCAAUAUUAAGGCUUAUAAGCGCACGAAGCGACAGGGGUUGCGAGAGGCGCGUGCCACAGAGAAGCUGGAGAAACAACAGAAAUUGGAGGCGGAGCGCAAGCGUCGCCAAAAGCAUCAAGAGUUCUUGGCAGCUGUGCUGCAGCAUGGCAAAGACUUUAAGGAGUUUCAUCGCAAUAAUAAAGCGCAGCUGGCGCGUGUGAACAAAGCUAUUAUGAAUCAUCAUGCUAAUGCGGAACGCGAGCAGAAGAAGGAACAGGAGCGCAUCGAAAAGGAGCGUAUGCGACGUUUGAUGGCCGAGGAUGAAGAGGGCUACCGCAAACUUAUCGAUCAGAAGAAAGAUAAACGCUUGGCAUUCUUGCUGUCGCAAACCGACGAAUAUAUUUGCAAUCUGACACAGAUGGUGAAGCAGCACAAGGAUGAUCAGAAGAAGAAAAAGGAAGAGGAAAGCAAGCACUUGCUGCAAUAUAAGAAGGAUUUGCUAAUGAGCGGCGAGUACAUGAAUAUCGAUGAGAGCUGCAUCGCGGCCGACAUGCGCGUCAGUGUGGUGGAACAGGCCACAGGCGCGCGACUUUCAGGCGAAGAAGCGCCAACGCUGAAGAACUUGCACAGCUGGCUGGAGCGUCAUCCCGGCUGGGAUUGGAUUGAAUCAGACUCGGAUGAUGAAGGCGAUGUAGAUAUGCGUGACGCUAACGCCAAGGAGCACGAUAAAUCAAAGGAAGAACAGGCAGAGAAAAAAGAGGAAGCUGAAAACAAAGAAUUGGAAAAUGUCGACGACGCCAAGGACUUUAUUAAGAAAGUUAAAGUUGAGGAUGACGAGUAUCGUACCGAGGAGCAGACAUACUACAGCAUUGCGCAUACCGUACAUGAAAAGGUCUACGAACAGGCAAGCAUCAUGGUUAAUGGUCAAUUGAAGGAGUACCAGUUGAAGGGUUUGGAAUGGCUGGUGUCGCUGUAUAAUAACAACUUGAAUGGCAUUUUGGCCGACGAGAUGGGUUUGGGCAAGACUAUACAGACAAUUUCGUUGGUUACCUAUCUAAUGGACAAAAAGAAGGUCAUGGGCCCCUAUCUUAUCAUUGUACCACUCUCGACUUUACCGAAUUGGGUGUUGGAAUUCGAAAAAUGGGCACCUUCUGUGGCCGUUGUCAGCUACAAGGGCAGUCCACAGGGACGCCGCUUGUUGCAAAAUCAAAUGCGCGCCACCAAAUUCAAUGUGCUGCUCACCACCUACGAGUACGUUAUCAAGGAUAAGUCGGUACUUGCUAAAAUCCAUUGGAAGUACAUGAUCAUUGACGAAGGUCAUCGUAUGAAGAAUCAUCAUUGCAAGCUCACACAGGUGCUGAACACUCACUACAUUGCGCCAUACCGUUUGCUGCUCACCGGCACGCCGCUACAAAACAAAUUGCCUGAACUGUGGGCUCUACUGAAUUUCUUGCUACCAUCUAUUUUCAAGUCCUGUUCCACUUUUGAACAGUGGUUCAAUGCACCCUUUGCUACCACAGGCGAAAAGGUCGAAUUGAAUGAGGAAGAAACAAUUUUGAUUAUUCGUCGUUUGCACAAAGUGUUGCGUCCCUUCCUGUUGCGUCGUCUCAAAAAGGAGGUAGAACAUCAAUUGCCCGAUAAGGUCGAGUACAUCAUCAAGUGCGACAUGUCUGGGCUGCAACGUGUGCUCUACAAGCAUAUGCAGAGCAAGGGCGUGCUGCUCACCGAUGGUUCGGAGAAGGGCAAGCAGGGCAAGGGUGGCGCUAAGGCUUUGAUGAACACCAUUGUACAACUGCGCAAGCUCUGCAAUCAUCCCUUCAUGUUCCAACACAUCGAGGAGAAGUAUUGCGAUCACACCGGCGCACACAGCGUCGCCUCUGGACCAGAUCUAUACCGUGUCUCGGGCAAGUUUGAAUUGCUCGACCGUAUUUUGCCGAAGCUAAAGGCCAGCAACCAUCGGGUGUUGCUCUUCUGUCAAAUGACACAAUGCAUGACUAUCAUCGAGGAUUAUUUGAGCUGGCGUCAAUUUGGUUACUUGCGUUUGGACGGUACCACUAAGGCAGAGGACCGUGGUGAAUUGUUGCGCAAAUUCAAUGCAAAGGAUUCGGACUAUUUUGUAUUCUUGUUAUCGACACGCGCUGGUGGUUUGGGUCUUAACUUGCAAACCGCCGAUACCGUUGUCAUCUUCGAUUCCGAUUGGAAUCCGCAUCAGGAUUUGCAGGCGCAGGAUCGUGCACAUCGUAUUGGUCAGCGCAAUGAAGUGCGCGUAUUACGCUUGAUGACGGUCAACUCGGUGGAGGAGCGCAUCUUGGCUGCUGCACGCUACAAAUUGAACAUGGACGAAAAAGUCAUUCAAGCUGGUAUGUUCGAUCAGAAAUCAACGGGAAGCGAGAGACAGCAAUUCUUGCAAACGAUUUUGCAUCAGGAUGACAAUGAGGAGGAGGAGGAGAAUGAGGUGCCCGAUGAUGAGGUGAUUAAUAUGAUGAUUGCGCGUAGCGAAGAAGAAAUAGAAUUGUUCAAGAAGAUGGAUAUCGAACGUAAGAAAGAGGAUGAGGAGCUGCAUCCAGGCAGAGAGCGUUUAAUCGAUGAGUCAGAGUUGCCCGAUUGGUUGACGAAGGAUGACGAUGAGGUUGAACGUUGGCAUCAGUACGAUGAGGAUACAAUUUUGGGUCGGGGCUCUCGCCAACGUAAAGAGGUUGACUACACAGACAGUCUCACCGAGAAGGAGUGGUUAAAGGCCAUCGAUGAUGGCGCCGAAUUCGAAGAAGAGGAAGAUGACGAAGAUGCCAAGCGUAAACGACGCAAACGUAAGAAUCGCAAAGAUGAUUCCGAAGAAGAUGAGGUGAUUAUGAAACGUCGUCGGCGUCAAAAUAUUGACAAGCGUCUCAAAAAGCAAAUGAAUAAGAUCAUGUCGGCAGUCAUUAAGUACACCAAUGAAGAUGGUCGCCUGCUAUCCGAACCGUUCAUGAAGUUGCCGUCGCGUCAACGCUUACCCGAUUACUAUGAAAUUAUAAAACGCCCGGUAGAUAUCAAAAAGAUAUUACAACGCAUCGAAGAUUGCAAAUAUGGCGAUAUUAAUGAGCUGGAGAAGGACUUCGUACAGCUCUGUCAGAAUGCACAAAUCUACAAUGAAGAAGCAUCUCUCAUUUAUCUCGAUUCUAUUGAACUGCAAAAAGUAUUUGUGACUGCACGUUCACGCGUUACUGCUGCCGCGGCAGCAGCUGCCUCAGCUGCAGCUGCAGCUGGCAAUGAGUCGACAAGUGGUGGUGGAGGUUGCGGCGCUAGUGGUGGUGGUGGUACUGCUGCUGGCUCAGAGGCUUCCGAUAACGAGGAGGAGGAGAUGGGCGACGAUGCUUCCGAAGAUGAAGAAAUUCCAACCACCUCUACUGCGGCGGUGAAAAUGAAGUUGAAAUUAAACAAGUCGCUGCCGAGCGCACCGGCUACACCAACACCGGCACCACCAGUGCCCACCAGCGCUGCUACCACUUCCAAGAAGCAAACGCGCCGUAAACGUUCCCAGAAGAAAUACACAAUUUUCGAUGAUGAUGACGAUGACAUAGAUUAGCUGCCGUUGGGUGUAGUAUUUGCGCGCAGUACGCAGCAUGCUUGUGAGGAAGGAGGGAGCGUGGCGGCGACGGCAACUGGGAAGAAGCUGAGGGAGAUGAGACAUGAUGAUUAUGAUAGUGAUGAUGAUAAUGAGGAGUAGGCUGCAUUGCUAAAGUUGGAAAAUUUAAUUGGAAUUUGGUAUCUAUUGAAAAUUGCAAUUUACUAUUUAACCUGCAUCAUACAUAGCAAUUUGCAAAUUUCAAUCUAUUAGUUUAUAUGCAGCACAAUAUAUUUAAACAUACUAUUUUAUUCUGCUCAUUUAAAUGCAAAUGCA